AUGUGGGGGAGGCUCUGGCCCCUCCUCCUGAGCUUCCUCACAGCAACUGCAGUCCCUGGACCCUCACUGGGGAGACCAUCCAGAGAAUUAGAUGCCACCCCGCGGAUGACCAUCCCCUAUGAAGAGCUCUCUGGGACCCGGCACUUCAAGGGCCAAGCCCAGAACUUCUCAACACUGCUGCUGGAGGAGGCCUCCGCAAGGCUGCUGGUGGGAGCCCGAGGUGCCCUGUUCUCUCUCAAUGCGCACGACAUAGGAGACGGGACUCACAAAGAGAUUCACUGGGAGGCCUCCCCAGAGAUGCAAAGCAAAUGUCAUCAAAAAGGGAAAAACAACCAGACUGAGUGUUUCAACCAUGUGCGAUUCCUGCAGCGGCUCAAUGCCACCCACCUCUACGCAUGUGGGACUCACGCCUUCCAGCCUCUCUGUGCAGCCAUUGAUGCUGAGACCUUCACCUUGCCAACCAGCUUUGAGGAGGGGAAGGAGAAGUGUCCUUACGAUCCAGCCCGCGGCUUCACUGGCCUCAUCAUUGAUGGAGGCCUCUACACAGCCACUCGGUAUGAAUUCCGGAGUAUCCCUGACAUCCGCCGGAGCCGGCACCCACACUCCCUGAGGACAGAGGAGGCACCGAUACACUGGCUCAAUGAUGCUGAGUUUGUGUUCUCCGUCCUGGUGCGGGAGAGCCAGGCCAGUGCCGUGGGUGACGACGACAAAGUUUACUACUUCUUCACGGAACGUGCUGCUGAGGAGGGUGCAGGCAGCUUUGCUCAGAGCCGCAGCAGUCACCGCGUGGCCCGUGUGGCCCGCGUGUGCAAGGGAGACCUGGGAGGGAAGAAGAUCCUGCAGAAGAAGUGGACCUCCUUCUUGAAGGCGCGCCUUAUCUGCCACAUCCCACAGUACGAGACACUGCGCAGUGUCUGCAGCCUGCAAGCUGAUACCUCAGCACACACACACUUCUAUGCGGCCUUCACGCUGACCACACAGUGGAAGACCCUGGAGGCCUCAGCCAUAUGCCGCUAUGACCUGGCCGAGGUGCAGGCUGUCUUCGCAGGCCCCUACAUGGAAUACCAGGAUGGUGUCCGGCGCUGGGGCCGCUACGAGGGUGGGGUGCCAGAGCCCCGGCCUGGCUCGUGCAUUACAGAUUCAUUGCGAAGCCAAGGCUACAACUCAUCCCAGGACUUGCCAUCUCUGGUCCUGGACUUUGUGAAGUUACACCCACUGAUGGCUCGGCCUGUGGUGCCCGCACGCGGACGGCCCCUGCUGCUCAAGCGCAGUGUGCGCUACACACACCUCACAGGGACACCUGUCAGCACACCCGCCGGACCCACCUAUGACCUGCUCUUUCUGGGCACAGCUGAUGGCUGGAUCCACAAGGCUGUGGUCCUGGGCUCUGGGAUGCACAUUAUUGAAGAGACACAGGUGUUCAAGGAGCCCCAGUCUGUGGAGAACUUGGUCAUCUCUCUGAUGCAGCAUAGCCUCUACGUGGGGGCCCCAAGUGGCGUCAUCCAGCUACCACUGUCCAGCUGUUCCCGCUACCGCUCCUGCUACGACUGCAUCCUGGCCCGGGACCCCUACUGUGGCUGGGACCCCAGCACCCAUGCCUGCAUGGUGACCACCACCGUAGCCAACAGAUCCCAGACACUCAUACAGGACAUGGAAAGAGGAAACCGAGGCUGCGAGGGCAACAGGGACACAGGGCCACCACCACCACUGAAGACCCGUUCUGUGCUCCGGGGCGAUGAUGUCCUAUUGCCCUGUGACCAGCCAUCCAACUUGGCCCGGGCCUUGUGGCUGCUCAAUGGGAGCAUGGGCCUGAGCGAUGGGCAGGAUGGCUACCGCGUGGGUGUGGAUGGGCUGCUGGUAACAGACACGCAGCCUGAGCACAGCGGCAACUACGGCUGCUAUGCUGAAGAGAACGGCCUCCGCACCCUGCUGGCCUCCUACAGCCUCACGGUGCGGCCAGCCACUCCAGCCCCUGCUCCACAAGGCCCUGCCAUGCCUGGGGCGCAGCUGGCUCCGGAUGUGCGGCUGCUCUAUGUGUUAGCCAUUGCUGCACUUGGUGGCCUCUGCCUCAUCCUGGCUUCCUCCCUCUUCUACGUGGCCUGUCUUCGGGGAGGUGGACGAGGGCACCAUCGAAAAUACUCACUGGGUCGGGCUGGCCGGGUAGGGGGCUCUGCUGUGCAGCUGCAGACGGUCUCAGGCCAGUGUCCUGGAGAGGAAGAGGACGGUGAUGAUGGGGAGGGGGUUGGGGGCCUGGAGGGUGGCUGCCUCCAGAUCAUCCCCGGAGAGGGGACCCCAGCCCCGCCGCCGCCGCCCCCCCCACCACCACCAACUGAGCUGACCAACGGGCUGGUGACGCUGCCCAGCCGGCUGCGCAGGAUGAAUGGCAACAGCUACGUGCUCCUGAGGCAGAGCAACAAUGGAGUGCCAGCGGGGCCCUGCUCCUUCGCGGAGGAGCUCAGCCGCAUCCUGGAGAAGAGGAAGCACACACAUCUCGUAGAGCACCUGGAUGAGAGCUCUGUCUGA